AUGCUCUCUCCCUGGAUUGAAUGUCAUUGCAGGCUGCUGCGGGCUGCAGCUCUAGUUGCACGGAUUCAGGAUCAGUCCAUCGGAUGGGAUGGAGGGUCAAAAGUACGGAAGCACAAAGCCAAGAGGCACCGUUACUCGGUGGCUGAUCCUAGGCAGCUCGUGUUGACCCGGGAUCUGUGCGACACAAGGCCAAAAAGUGAAAUAGAGAAUUCGUCCUGCACGAAACCGAUGGCGAACGGGAAGGGGGAGAUCAGGGUCAGCAGUCCAAAGUCCGGUGGAGGGGUAGGAGGGCACGUAUCCCAGUUCUCCUACCAACGGCCAGUAUAUAGACCGCAGCACCCUGAGAGGAAAGGCCCUCCUGAAGAUGGCACUAAGACAGAACUCACGCAAUGCUUGCUGUCGGAGGUAGCCCUCAUCUUCCUGACUGCGGAGACAGCACCACCGUUUCGUGAGGGAAGACUGAGGCCCUGUCUCGAGACGCUCUUGCCAAUCUGCUCAACCAUAUGCGCCUACGCCCCCAUCGCAGGCGCAGGCAGGCAGGCAGGCAAGCAGGCAAGCAAGCACAAAAGACGGGCAUUUGCCAAUGCUAGCAUCAACUUUGAGAAUCUCUUAACCUACCACGGGUUCCUACGUCCUGUUCUCGAGCGGAGAACAUAG